AUGACCAUAAAACUCUACCAACUGGAGACCUUAGUUUGCAUACUUCUGUCUGAAGGAACAUUCGAGAAUUCCACGAAUCACCGUCCUGAAUUCUGGGGUAUCAUUGAUCGCACAAUGAGCGGUGCUCAUAUUCCUCGUUUUAUUGCAAGUGGCCCAGGUAAUAGUUGGACAUUUUAUCCACCUUUAGCAAUGGAGAUCAACCAAUAUGUGGAUUUAAUAAUUUUAGUUUACGGUAUAAUACUAGUUGCUACUUUUAUUGAUACUAAAAUGAAUUCUUUCCCUAUACAUUUUAUUGGUACAAG